AUGGCGUCUUUACUAUCCAGGCGCGCCUCGCACAUCCUCCUCGUCCUGCUCGGUCUCUUCCUUGCGGGUACCAUUGUCGUCCUCACCACCGCCAAUGCCUACUUUUCCAUCGACACCUCCGCCUACAUCCUACCAGAAGAGCUCGGCACCUGGGAGCAGAUCCAGUCUGGUGCUUCUCCAGAUGGCCCUGAUGGCUGGGCUGCGCGCAUUCCUUGGCUCAAUAAGCUCACCUCCCACUCGCCCUCGUCGACUGCCAAUGCCAAUGCCAAUUCCAAUGCCACCGCAACCCUACAUCCCGCUUCCGUCGUCGACCCGAACAACGUGGUCGCACGGCCUCAGCCUUGGCGCGACAACACGCCCAAAGAGUGGGACCCCGCCAAUCCCAACGAAAAGAUUCCACGCAUCAUCCACCAGACCUGGAAGGACAAGAAUCUGCCCCCCAGGUGGCAAGCCAUUCGCGACGAGUGUGCUGCCAUGCACCCGGACUACAAAUACAUGCUUUGGACCGACGCAGAUUCACGCAAAUUCAUCGAACAGCGCUACAAUUGGUUCCUGCCCGUCUUUGACGCCUAUCCGUACCCCAUUCAGCGCGCAGACGCCAUCCGCUACUUUGUCCUCCAUCACUAUGGCGGUAUCUACAUGGACCUCGACAUUGGCUGUCUCCGUCGCUUCGACCCACUCUUGCGCUUCGAGGUCAUCUUGCCCAAGACCAUCCCCGUCGGUGUUUCCAACGACGUCAUCCUCUCGGCCAAAGCGCAUCCAUUCAUGGACCAGCUCAUCCACAACCUCGUCACCUUCAACCACCAGUACUUGACCAACUACCCUACCGUCAUGUUUUCCACCGGGCCCAUGUUUGUUUCCGCAUCCUAUGGCCUCUAUGUCGACGUACACGGCCCGGCGUACCCGAGCACGCCCAAGCAGCCCGACGCUGGCUUCAAAGGCAUCCGUGUGCUGCCUAAGAGUCUCUACGGCAAGAACGUCAAGCCCGUCGAUGCGCCCGAUGCGUUUUUCUCGCAUUUCUACGGAUCCAGCUGGCAUGCCAACGAUGCCGGUUUCCUCAUCUUUUUGCGCAAGUACGGAAGGUUCUUGAUCUUUGUGGGCGUGUGUGUCGUCCUCUAUGGGAUGUUCAGGACGUUACUGCCCAGCUUUUUGUUCAGGUUGACCGGGUACAGGGGUGGCUUUGGACGCGCGGCGAGGCGGUCGCGCCGCGAACCAGGUUGGAUCAGUUUGCCCAUUGGCUCCAGUUCUAGCCGUUCGCUCUCAAGGCGUCGAUCCAAACGCCGCUCUACCGCCGACGAGGACCAGAGUGUGCCGCUCCACGAUGUCGGACGACAGCACGACACGGUCGCAGCCACGUCGGCGGCCAACCCGAGCAGGCUCUCGAUGCCUGCGCCGCGACCAACACGGCUGAGCCUGCCGCUGUUCCAGCUGCAAGACCCGGAGCCGAUGCACAGCGAUCCUGCGCCGCAGUCGGUGUUGGCGUGGAUGGGGCAAACGCUCUCGCGCCCUUCCUCGCGCAGCGAUGCGAUCAGCGAGAUGGAGGCCAAUGGCAGGGUGGAUAGCCCGAGCAAGAAGAAGGGUAUUCUGUAUCUUCCGGCGUACUUUGUUCGCGGAGACGACGGGAGUAGUGCCUCAUCGCAGCAGCUGAGUCCGAGUAGCAGUUCCUCGUCGCAGCAGCUGCAAGCAAGUGGGUUGUCGCCGCUGUCGCAUGCUUCGUUUGGCGCAGGGUCCGGGUCGGGGCAGCAGCACAGUCUGGGUCAGUGGGCGUCAUCGUUGCUCCCUGCCAACUGGAGGGGCCCUAGCCCGGCGCCGAGUCACGGGUCGCGGAGGUCGCGAUUGAGCCAGGAUGUCGACUUGGAGAGUUUGGGCUCGCAGGGCGAGGACGAGAGGGAGGAGGAUGGCGACGAGGCGAACUGGAACAGGAGGGAGGGCGAGGAGCGCCCGUUGAUCCACGAGGUUCGGUCCAAGUCGAGGUUGAGACAGGCGCUCGAGGAUGCGAGGAGAGAGCAUGCUCAGCAGCAUCAGCAGGCGCCGCCACCCUACGAUGAUGCAGCGAGGGACGAGGUGGUUGACAAGCAGCAUGUUUAG